UUGAAUUUCACAUCCUAACGGGUCUAAGACAAAUCUCUGUGAUGUCGGGAACUCAACAAAAGCUCGUCUGCAAUUGUUGGCCAGUCAAAGAGAAGCAAGUAUCGCAAUGAAGCUCACAGCACUAUUGACCGCUCUCGCCUUCGUCGCCCUAACCUCAGGGGCACCAAGUGAAGAUCGCAUUUACGGUGGUGCUACAACAACAACCGCCAUACCUUAUUUGGUUUCGAUAGUAGUGAAUGAACAGCACAUCUGCGGCGGAUGGAUUUACAAUAAUGACUGGAUUGUCACAACUGCCGCUUGCGUUGCCGAUUACGAACCCAGUCAGUUGAGUGUCAUCGCUGCUCAGGUAUCCUUGCUUCAGCCGGACACAGACGAAGUUUCGGUUAAUGUUUUCAAGAUUUUCCGCUACAGCACCUACGACCCUUUAACUAAGUCGGACGAUAUCGCUAUGCUGCAGCUCGCUACACCUCUGACUUUUGGUGCUAACGUCAAUUUUGUUCGUUACGAAGAAGCAGUUGAAGAUGGCACCACUGACGCCGUUUUUGCAGGAUGGGGUGGCACCUUAGAAGGCAAUCUACCAUCUACAAAACUGCGCACCAUGACCGUGACUUUUCCUGGUGACUGCUCAACUUAUGCGGCUGAUGAAUACAAGCAAAAUUACAUGCUGUGCGCUGGCACCGACACUGACACUGCCUCUCCUUGUGAAUACGACGAAGGAUCCCCAUUGGUUCAAACUAUCGAUGGUGUAGAAUAUGCUGUGGGUAUCAUGUCAAAGAAUCUGGGUUGCGGACUUGCCCCCGUGCCAUCAACGAUCUACACCCGCCUUUCCGCUUACUACGCCUGGUUCAACACGAUCGCUGGACUCCAACCCCCACUUUAAACAAAAAACAGAUUUUCAGUUAGCAUUUUUUUUUUUAAUAAUUGGAAAAAU